GCGACUUGCCGGUAGGUGCCGUAUAAAAUAAGUGUGUCCAUAUAAUGCUACAUCAUUGGAACUCCUCGCCUCGAACAUGUUCCCCAGUCGGCAAAUCGCGGUGUUUUUGGUUUGCCUUUGCUUCGCCAUUCUCAGCGUUCAUGGCAAUCCGUGGCGCUGGGGACCUGGCUCAAAUAGGGAUCAUCCCUCUGGUGGACCCGCCUGGAAUGGCGGAGAUCAAUCCACCGAUAAUAUAAUAAUACACCAGAAAGACAAGGGCAACUGGCACUACUAACCAAAUGAGAAAGGCGUGACCGCAACCAAUUCGAGAUGCAUUUUCCAGUGAAUGUUUAAAUCAUUUUUAAUUUAUUCUGCAUUUCAACCGUUCUUCCCAGAACUUAACUCGGCGGAUACAAUACACUCCCUUAAUGGCAAUACUCAUUGAAAUAUAUGUUUUUUAAAUAAAAAACAUGUUUAUUAUUUUA